AUGAUCACUUUUUUACUGCGACAAAAAAUCGUCCCGAUUUGUUUAGCGCUCAAUCUGUUUGACUUUCAGUAUAAAGUCUACAGUUACGGACUCAGGCCUGUCAUCGCUUCAAUUGACCAUCAUUUCAGAGUCAAUCCAGUCAUCGCUCCUAUCAGUACAAGUUACAUCAAUUCAACUCGUUCUUACUGCUCUAAAAGUAUCUGCACAAUGAUAUCUGGAGCACAUAUUAAGAGCAGGUGCCCCGAGUACCCAGCUUCCAAAAUCAAGCGCUUCCCAGUGAGUGAUUCCCAGGUGGAUUGGAGUUAUAGCUUCCCAGGAUAUGAUCCGAUCAACUACACUCAUCCUUCAGUGGCAAAGAAGCCAACAUGGGCAGAUCCUGAAAUUGGCUCAUUCACGCCACAGUUCAAUACUUUGGAUGGUGACGUGGACAGAAGAAGCUUUGAGGGUUGCUACAAAGUGGAAGAUGGAAAACCAUUAAAUCCUCAUGGACGUACAGGGCUUAUGGGUAGAGGUUUGCUGGGGCGAUGGGGACCCAAUCACGCUGCGGAUCCUAUUGUAACAAGGUGGAAAGUAGAUGCGAAAGGAGAAAAGAUUCUUCACCAUGUUACCAAAAAGCCCAUCCUGCAAUUUGUAUCCAUCAAGCGAAAAGAUUGUGGGGAGUGGGCCAUUCCAGGCGGGAUGGUUGAUCCAGGGGAGCAGGUUUCUAUCACACUACAGCGGGAGUUUUCAGAAGAGGCAUUAAAUUCGCUGGGAGUACCGCCAUUAGAAAAAUCUAAAAUUCAUGAGCGCAUCACCCAACUCUUCAAAUCUGGUGGUUUUGAGGUCUUUAAAGGAUAUGUAGAUGAUCCGAGAAACACUGAUAAUGCUUGGAUGGAAACAGUUGCUGUCAACUUUCAUGAUGAAAAUGGCAACAGUGUGAGUGAGCUACCGUUGCAAGCUGGCGAUGACGCAGGCCAAGUACAGUGGGUUGACAUGGACUCCUCCUUCCCACUCUAUGCCAGCCAUUCUCAUUUACUGGAGCUGGUUGCCAAAGAAAGGAAAUCCCACUGGUAG